AAUCCCUAAGUUAUUCAUAGCUAAAUUUUCAUCAAGUGCGUGCGCUUCCCGUUCCGGAAAUUUUUGUGGCAGCACAAACAAGUACCUAUAGAUCGUUUUACGUAAACGAUAAAUUAGACUCGUGCUCCAGCAACGACUGCAUUAUGGUAAUUCCCAAAGAAAUACUCAGCGACUACAAGGAGAUCUACGAGAAGGCCUUUAAACUCGUCAACGAUGAGAGUAAAAAUGAUCCACCCACAGACCCGUAUAGGUCGCAUUAUGCCGCAAGGGAUUUGCUAUUGCAAAUGAAGGAGAAUCUCAAGAAUGAAUUGGUCUCAGUGCAAGCCGAGGAGGCCGAUGAUGGUACAGAUGACUUCACCUACAAAGUGCUGCAGUCAUUUGUUUGUCGUGACUUGGGACGUAUUUAUGUUUUCUGUGAAGAGCCUAGUACGGGAGAAAAGUGCUUGCAAGAUUGUUUGAACUUAGUGCAGGACCGUAAACUGGAACCCCCGGCUAUUAUACCAUAUAUGGGUGCCAUGAACGAAAUGGGCAUAAUCUAUGCAAAUCGCACUGAGUAUAAGAAAUCGUUUGAAUACUUAGCUGAAGCCGAAAAAUCGUAUAAGGAAUUUAUGCAGACCAAGAAAAGUCCAUUGGCAAUAACUGAUGUUUUCGGGACUGCCGACGAAAUUGAGCCAGGCAAGGGACUUAAAGAACUGGAAAGUCUGUACACACUUUGCUCAUUCUAUUUGGCACAGGUCUAUGGUCAUUUGGGUGAAUUAGAAAAAUCAGCUCAAUACUGUCACAUGACAUUGAGGCGCCAGGUUGAGGCUAAAUCCUAUGAACCCAUAGACUUUGCCUUAAAUGCAGCAACGCUAUCGCAGUAUUUUAUAGGACAAAAUAUGUUUAAGCAAGCACGUCAUCAUUUGGCGGCAGCUACUUUGGUGAUGUCAGAACACGAAGCAACUAUGUUAACACCCCCCAAUCUGACAGAGGAACAGAAAGCUGAUAUUCAGGAGACAUUUAAACAUCGUUAUGCCGAUGUGGCCAGAUGUUGGGCCAAAUAUGGUUUGGCGCUGUUAUCCGCAUCUAAAGAUCGUCUCUUCAACGAUGAUGAAACGAAGUUGGCUGAAGAUGCCAAACGCUUGAAAAUCAAUGAAAAUGCAUAUCUUUUUGCUGAUUUCCCAUUGGAUACCUAUGAAAAACGUAUUACCUGUGAUUAUUGUUUAACAUUUGACGAUGCCAAAGAAGUCUAUCACUUUGUUAUUAAGUGGCUUGAUAUUGCCAAAGAACAUUACAAACCGGAUACCGAUGCAACUGAGUAUGCGAAAAUUAUUAACGAUUUCGCCGAACUGUAUCAGCAUAUUGCUUUCUUUGAAGAAGAUCCAGUCAAUCAGUCGAAAAUGCAAAAACGUCGCGCCAAAUACUACGAAGAACUUCUUGAAUUGCUCAAUCCUACCUUCUACUUGUCCAUAUGUCGUGAAUCGUGGUAUGGAGCUGGGCUUGCUUACAGCGCCAUACUCGAUAUUAAAUUAGAUUUACUUAAAGCUAGUCGUACACCAAAUCCCCAGGAAUUGGGUAAAAUUAAUCAAGUCUGCCAGCAAGCCAUUAAAAAUUUUAAAAGUUACAUCGAAUCGUAUACCGAAAAGGAUGGUUCAUGGAAACCCAACAUGGAUGUGGAGGAACAGCGCACUGUUUUGUAUGCCCAUUUCCAUGUGGGAAGACUGCACUACAAAAUUAUAACUCCCGAUCAGAAUUUGCAAUUAGAAAAUCUCUCCAACAGCCUUAAAUAUUACAAAACCUUCAUCGAUGAAUGCUCCAAAUUGGAGGAACCAGCCAAAGCUUUGCAGGCAGAAGUUGGCGUUUGCCGGGAAAUGGUUAAUUUGUUGCCAAUGAAAAUAGCAAAUGUGAAAAAACGUUUAGCUAAAUAAGGAAAAAAGUGCGCUGUGUUAAAUUUGUGCUGGAUACAAAAUAUGCAUUUCAUUCUCACAACAAGAAGGACAAAGAAAGUAUGUGUCUAAUUUCUUUGUGUUUCUGCCUUACAUACCUCUCAACUCUUGUCCAUGUCUAGAUAAUUUAUGCUUUUAUAAAAAUAAAAUUGAUCUGUAUUUAUUAAUACAUAACAUUAGAUAUUGAAAUCUAUUUUAAGCUUUUUAAUUUCAAUCUUUCUCAAAAAAAAAUAUGAAUAAAUAAAUUAUCUUUUGAGAUUGAUUGGUUUUUAUCUGUUAUGUUUUGCAAAUGUAAGCGAUUUUUUUGUUCUCAAUAAAGCAAUAUUGACCUAGAAAAUAUGUAUA